UCGCUUCAGUGCCGUCCGAUCAAAACGUAAACAAAACUCGACCACAAUGGAACAGAAAAAACCGCGUCCCCCCGGUUUAAUAGAACCGAAUAAAGACUCACCAUUCCGCAUACUGGACGUGCGAACGAUCCAGGACAACGCACCCACCCUGAGCUAUACCGUGCAGGAAGAAGAGGACGCCGCAGAACAGUCGGACGGUUCGUCGGGCAGUGAAAGGGAGCUGGUGAUCGAUAUGCCGGAGGAGGAGACCGAUCUGGCCCAGGUGCCGGUGCUAGCCCAGGAGCUGGAAAUCGAGAGCAAAAUAAUCGUCCCCCAAAUACCAGAGACACCGCCCAAAACGGUCGCCUCAGCGAGCCGCACCAAUCGGAGGAAAACGCAGCUCGUGCGAAUGGAGGAGGAUGUCGAUGCUGUGUUUGAUGAAGCACCACCGAAACCACCAUCGCGGAAGGUGACGGAUGAGCUGCAGGAGGGUAUCGCAGCGAACAGGCACAUUAUGCGCCAGAUUGCCCUGCUGCGGACCACCAUCAACUGUCUGGUGGAGGCACGCUACCACAGGAGCAUCCCGUUCCCGCCGGAUACGAGCGAUUUUGAAACGAUGGACUCGUGGAUGGACACGUACGAGCAGAUGAAGUGGGACACGAGCAUUUCCAAAAGCAGCAAAGCAAAAAAGAAAAGCUAGGUAAGCUGAACGGCGCUGUGAUUAGAAUAAGCAAAAUAGUGUUACAGGGACGCAUCAUGUGUAGGGUAUGUAUGCAAACGAGGGAAUAAGAUGGUUCAAAAGCGAAAUAACGAAAUCGGUAUCUACUAAUAAACAUGAAUAUUCAAUUGAAUCGCAACAAUCGAUAGAGCAGCACAACAAGAAGAAAGAAUAUUGAAAUUUCAUAAUGUAUCCAAUAGGAAAAAGAGGUUGGUUUUUGAAACACUAACAAAAGCUAAACAGUUCUCGUCAAAAGGGCUUACCGAAACAAAACGCACCGCUUCAUGAACGGAAAUAGAAUUACAAGACAUCUCUCUGCUCGCACACAGAAAACGAACUGUUUUUUUUUCACUUGAAAACAUUCAGUUACUUCAGUUUUGUGCGGUUUUUAUUGAGUUCUAGGUUCAUAAGUUGGCCCAACCAGCUCGCGGAAGGGUUUAUAAUACUCUCACGCCUUUUCGAAGACAAUUCAAAGAUAUG